GGUAUUUUCGGUAUUUUGUUUUUCAAGCUUGUUAUCAAUUUUACUAAAAUAUCAAAAAAAUAGAAAAGAUAUCUGAAAUAUUGUUCUAUAAAUAUCGGACACGUUUUAAUUAAUGCAAUGUUGGCCAGAUUUGUAAAUUCUUUGCCGUUAGGCAUAUCGCAGCAACUAACGAGGCUGUAUUUCCAAGUGCUCAUAAGGAACCAGCGCGAAGCACACAGCAGUCAAGAGCACCAUCAACUCGGAAACAUGGACAUUAAGAUACUACCCGCACUACAGGACAACUACAUGUACCUCGUAGUUGACCGAGCUACCAAGGAGGCUGCUGUUGUAGAUCCAGUGGAGCCAAAAAGUGUGUUACAAGCUGUCAAAGAACAUGGUGCAAAACUGACAACAGUUCUGACUACCCAUCAUCACUGGGAUCAUGCUGGCGGAAAUGAAGAGCUUGCCAAACAAGUACCGGAUCUCCAGAUAUAUGGCGGUGAUGAACGCAUUGGAGCUCUGACAAAGAAAGUGCAACAUAACACUAUGUUUAGUGUUGGUAAUUUGCUGGUACAAUGCCUGUUCACUCCUUGCCAUACAACAGGGCAUAUGUGUUAUUACGUAACUGCUCCUGACGAUGCAUCAGAAUCUGUUGUGUUUACAGGUGACACUUUAUUCCUCGCUGGUUGCGGCAGGUUCUUUGAAGGCAAUGCAGAACAGAUGUACAAUGCCAUGUCGAUCCUAGGCAGCUUACCAGAGCAGACCAAGGUCUACUGUGGCCAUGAGUACACUCUGCAGAAUCUUAAGUUUGCUGCACAUGUUGAACCAAACAAUAUUGAGGUUCUUAAUAAAAUUACUUGGUCAAAGGAAAGGCGAGAAGAGGGAAAACCUACGGUGCCAUCAACAAUCGGAGAGGAAAAGAAGUACAACCCAUUCAUGAGGGUGUUUGAACCGACUGUGAUGAACCAUGCACAGUCACGAUCAGCUAUUGAGACCAUGAAGAAUAUUCGAUUGGAGAAAGAUUCUUUCCAUUAAAAUAAUAUAUCCAGUGUUACUUGCCUUCAUAUGAAUGUGCAUUUGUCAACCUAAUUCUGUCGCCUUGGUUGUAUGUAGUAAAAUCCGAAUUAUUAGCCAGCAUUAGUUAAAAAUGCAUUUAGUGUGUCUACUUCAACCUUGGUGGUACUUAUGGUCUUAAAUUUAUCUAAUGUGAUUUGCAUAGCAAAAAUUACUGUAUAUAUUUACAUCUAUUUAGUAGUUUAUGCACAACAAUUUUUUUUAUAAUAAUAUUUUCCUUAAAUAUAGGCUAGGCAGUAGUUGGUGUUCUAUGUCAAAAGAAAUAUUAUAUUGGUCAUAAGAAAACUGUGGUGUUAAUAAAUAAAUCCUGACCUGGCCAACCAA